ACUAACGCGUCACUGCUUGUUUGUCUUCCGAUCUGGUUUGACGUUAGCUUGGUUCUCAUUUGCGUUAUAACGCAUUAUAACCAGCUUUUUUCGAGCCGAACAUGUCCGAAAGGCAGUCCAGGACAAGUUAAUGAUAAUAAUAACAAUAUCCACCGGAUGUCAGGUUGGUUUCAGGAUGAACUGGAUUUUCCCGUUGUCGAAGGGUUCUGGAGCGAUUCCGCCUCUGAACAGUUUACAGAAACAACGGCAGCGGCAGAUCGAGUCCCUUAAAGCUGCGCAUUCCACGAUCGCAGAGAUCCAGAAAGAUGUGGAGUACUGGAUUCCUUUCACCGUCAACAACUCGACCAUCAGCGUCAACAUAUUGCUUCCACCGCAGUUCCCGCAAGAGAAGCCCGUCGUCACUGUGUAUCCUCCUGUCGGUCAUCAUAUUGUAGACGGGAACAACGGCACCGUGGUCACCAGCCCCCUCAUCACCAACUUCGGGAUGCACUCGGAUCUCGGGAAAGUAAUCCAGAGCUUGCUGGAUGAGUUCUGGAAGAGUCCGCCGGUCCUGAUGUCCGGUGCGCCAUCCUUCCCUUUCAUGUACAAGCCGCCGUACCCUCCACAGAACUUUCAUUUUGUCCCCACCUUCCCGAGCCAGGACCCCCAGCGGCCUGUUGUCCCCGCCCCUCUCAAUCCACCCCCGGGAGCAGAGAUGCAGCAGACGCCGAGCCGUCCUCCAGCACCAGCGUACGGGCUGAUCACGGACCUCCCUCUGCCCGUCCCCAUGACUGACUCCCAGACCGGACUGAACGGACACAUCUACAAGAUGCCCGAAAUCCCCGACUCGUUUCCAGAACUUUCCGAGAUGAGUGUGUCUCAGCUGAAGGACAUGAACGAUAGCGAAGAUGUGCUGCUGGAGUGUUUUGCGAGUCUGCCUCAGCUCAAGCAGGUCUCCAGUGAUAAAGAAGAGCUGGCGAACAACAUCAUCACUGUGGCCAAAAAAAAUUUGCAGCUGGAACCUCAGCUGGAAGGGAAGAGACAGGAGAUGCUGUACAAAUAUGAGCAGCUGACACAGAUGAAGUCAGCGUUCCAGACCAAGAUGCAGAGACAGCAUGAGCUCAGUGAGAGCUGCAGCCUGAGCGCUCUGCAGGCAAGGUUAAAGGUCGCGGCCCAUCAGGCCGAGGAGGAGUCCGAGGAGACGGCCGAGAGCUUCCUGGAAGGAAAGAUGGAGAUCGACGACUUUCUCACCAGCUUCAUGGAGAAGAGGACGCUUUGCCACAGCAGAAGAGCAAAAGAAGAAAAACUUCAGCAGUCCAUGUCUGCGCACGGACAGUUCCCGACUGCGCACUAGACUCACUACCGGUUUCGGUACUAAAGCAGAACGCUCAGCCUCAUGACAAACACACAGCCAUGCAGAUCCACAGUCCUCCUGAUACCGAGUGGAACCUGAGAGUCAGCUAAGGAGCAGAUGCUGAAUUUACUGAGUAAAGAAACAACCGACGGUGUUCUGGAGCCGUUUGGCGUUCCAGAGGGGCUUCAGCGAGGCUGUAGCAGGGUGUUAUUUCAAGUAUUAGGCAGCCUUUUUGCGUUCUUAUUAGCACACACUUUGAAUAUUGAUAAGGGUUUCCUUUUGGUUUGGACCUUCCUUGCACUUGACAGAGAAACUGAAAUUUGCCAAUGCUGCCAGACACCACAAAAAAAUACUGUAUUUAAUAAUGUUGAUGAUAGGCUUUAUUAUAAUCAGACCUUGUAUUAUAAGUUUAUUUAAUUUGAUAGGCUAAUAAAAUGUUUCCAGUAAUCACUC